UUGUUCGCGUUCAACUAUGCGUAAUAAAAGAGUACGUGGGUUGCACUAAGGGAGUUAACUCCAUUUCUAACGCGCUGAUUAGUUUCCAAGCCCCCUGAUAAUAAGUGUCUCAAUGUACAACAGAAUGUUAGAAUAUCACUGUUUAACAGUUGUCACUGUAAUACUUUCAACAAAAUCACAUGGGAUCUGGUAACCUUCUCAGCGUAUGUAUUUGAAUGCAAGCAAAUGUACUUGUAAUCCAGCGAUUUCCCCAGACGGGCCCCUCAGGUGAACCAGGAAGUUUAAGAUUUUGGGAACUAUACACGGGUCGGAGACUCGCACACUGUUACGUAGUAUAGGUACACAACUGACGAUGUGACCACACGGGGACUGUACGAAAGCCAUCAUAUAGUCAGACUAACAGGUUAACAGUACAAGAUGGAUGAGGAUAUGUAUGACCAGAAGAUAGAACCUCACAGAUGUACACUGAUUAAGUACAUAGAGACAGAAAGUAUUCUGGAGGAAUUGAGACAAAAACAAACCAUCAGUGUCGAUGAUUAUGAGGAUGUGUAUGCCUGUAUUGGUCGCAGACGGAGAGCAGCAAAACUUUUGGACAUUUUACAAACAAAAGGAGACAGUGGUGUAAAGGAAUUUUUUAAGACAAUUGAGCUGGUUUAUCCUGAUCUGUACCAGGAAGUAACAGGGGAAUCGCCACGAAACCCCCCUCCAAAUUACCUGAAAAGGCAGAGUCGGAUUCCAUCCCUUCGUUAUAUUAACCACCUACCACAGCUUGCUAAGGAUCUGCAGACCCAGUACCAGAACAACAAGCAUCUGGUUCAGCAGCUACAGGACCUGCAGAGCGCCAUGGUGUUUGAACAGAAUGAUAACAAAGAAUUGGAGAAAGAAAAUUCUGAACUAAGGAAGCGGAUUGACAGUUUGAGAAAAGAUCGUGAUGCAUUAGAAUCUCAAGUGGCGAACUUCAUGACAGAAAACCACAAACUUAAGGAUGAAUCUUUAAACUAUCUAAAGACGAGUCUGGAGUACCACCAGCAGUCUGAGCUAUAUAAACAGAGGGCUAGAGAGAUACAGACAGAGAAAGAUGAUAUGGAGAGAAUCCAUCGAAUCCGACAGGAACGCCAGCAGGGAGAGCGUCAGUCACGAUUGUCCUUUGGAGUUUCUUUACGUCAAACACAGCCAGACACGUCCCCGACCGAUGUGCCGGAACGGUCUACAAUUGAAGCAAACCUGAUGUUGCAGCAGCAGAUGCUGAAUGAGAAUUUGGAAGAGAUGCAGCAGGAACUGGCCCAGACAGCUGAAGAUCUGCACAUGUCCCGCAUGGAAACUGACGAAUACCAGAAGUUAUAUAAAAAUGUUAAUGAAACCUGCGAACGGCUGAAAAAGGAAAGGACAAAGAUGGACAGUCUGCUGGAGAAACAGCUGUCGACAACAAACCAUUAUUUUGAGAUGAUCCAGAAACUGGAGAUGGACAAGAAAAUGUUAGAAGAGGAACGCAUCAAAGAACAAAAGAAAGUGAGUGAGGAGUCGGAGAAAAGGAACAAACUGUUCAUGGAGAAACAUAACUUAAACCAGAGCUAUACAAUACUUGUAACUGAAGUGGAACGCUUGAGAACAGACAUAAAAAAACGGAAUUCAAAGGAGAACCUGGACAGUUGUGAUGGACCGUUAUCUCAGGAUCCCGCUGAAGGUGACAAUGAGGACAAACCACGAAGACUUAAAAGAAGUGCAGUUAUUGAUACAUCCACGUCUACUCGGGUCCAUCCAGGUACUGUUCGUAACCCACAAGACCUUGAUAAUAAUCAGAAUCAAGGACUUAAUGAAACUGUGGCACAGUUGAUGGCAGAAGGUCUCAGAGUGGAUGAUGACACACCUAUUCCAAGAAGGAUUUACCCACAAGGCAAACUGAAAGACGGUCAGUAUGUCACUGGAGAAGAUAAAUCAUUCAAGUCAGACGAGUCUCUCCAUACAUCAGAAGAAAAUAGCCAGUAUCUAGUACUGGAUGAGAUGUUGGCUCUGUACAUACAGUCCUCGGACUUACAACAUGCUCCCACGUACACCGUAAAGAUACCCACUCCCUUACUGAAGGACAAACUGGAAAUCACAGGGGGUAACAUGACUGGAAUCUACGUGAAGAGAGUCAUUAAGAAAAAAUUACCCCACAUUCAGGAAGGGGACAAGAUACUGUCGGUGGGAGUUUUCAUCACUGAUGUACAGGCCCUUCACACAGACUUGGUGUACCGCACCUUUGAGGAGGCUACACACAUUUUGCAGGCCCAGGCUGACCCCAGACAUGCAAACGUGGUUGAGGUCAAACUACAGAGGGACCCAGAAGGAUAUGCCAGAGCACUGAAAUGGAUUAUGCAGCAUGGCAGUGGAGAUCUUUUCUUUAUCAAGAGUAAUGUUAAUUUGGAAGAAGACAGCAUUUGUCCCAGUAUACAAAAUGGAGACGUCUUCUGUGUUUCUUCAACCACGAUGGGGAGUGCAAACAAGUACUGGAAAGGAUUUCGAUUUGACAAGGGGAGUAACUCAUGGUCAAAGGAUCCAGUAUCAUUACCCAAUGUCUCCGAGGCUUUAAAGCUAAGGCGAGGAACGGGUGCAGGAAGACAACGUGGUCGACAGCAAGCAUUCCGACAUCGACCCUAUUCGCGAGUGUUGCCAACAAGAUCAUGCAACACAGAUUGCAGUACAGAUGAUGCCGAGACCCAAUCUACCCCUCUCCCGUGGAGCACAAAGUUUGAGGGAAAGGUAUACUGGCACAAGGAGAGAAGGCUGGACACAAUGGAUGUGGAGAAGUACCGCCACCUACUGGGCUAUAGUUCGGAUGUGUCUUUUUCCAACACCAGUAUUGACCUUGACAGUGACACUUCCAACAUAUGUAAUUCUAUUUCAUUACCAAACGAGGAAUGUUAUUCUCUGUAGUCAGAAGUUAGAAGUUCUGCAAGUCAUUUCCCCAUAGGAUUCUAUGUUAAAUUAACUAUAUUUUGCAAUUAAUUUACAUACAUUUAUUUGGCUUGCAAUCAUUUUAAGAUCUCAAGGGUCACGUUGACGUAUAGUCAUCGUGCUUCGUUUGUUGCCGUGUGCUGUGCGUACACUUUCCACAUUUAAAAAACUUCUUCUCAAGUUCUACUGGUCCGAACUUGCCUGAAUAGUGAUCCUAAGAUGGUUCUGACCAAGUGUUGUUAUUUUUUGGGUCGAUUCAAAAUCCAAGAUGGCUGCCAUUUUGAAAAACACAUCUUAAACUUCUUCUCCAGUUCCACUGGUACCAUCGAGCUGAACAUUGGUAGGAAUGUUUUAAGGAAAGGCAGCCAACAAGGUGUUGUUAUUUUUCCGUCUCAUAAGAACUUUUACAUGGCAGCCAUGGUAGCCAUUUUGUAACAUGAUUGCACCAUCAUGGUUUUCCUGAACAAUGCCUAUUUUAAACUUCUCAAGUUCCACUGGCGGGAUUCAGCUCUAUCUUACCUGAAAUGAUUUUGAUAUAGUCCUGACAAAGUGUUGUUAUUUUUUGGGUCGGUCCAAAAUCCAAGAUGGCUGCCAUUGGCCACAGUACCACUAUACUCGCUAAUGGGUAUUUAUACUACAAUAGUACAGAGUCAGAUGACUGUUAGUUAAGGCCCUUGGGCCUCUUGUUUUAUAAAAUUUCACAUGCAGCAAAAAAAUCUUCUGGUUAUAUUAUUGGUAUUAUCUGUGGUUGAAUUGAUAUAAAAUAUCUAAAUAUCUAUAAAAAAAACCCACCAUUUUUCCUUGUGAGGUUCAAAAUUUGUCAAAAUUCUGAAAGACAAGGUCCAGGGGUAAGGGGAAAAUGUCAGGAAAAGAGACUAAGGCGUUGUAUGGGUAAAUUUUAUACACAUUUUUAUGGACCUUAUGGACAGUUUUAUAGUGACAUGGAUGGCUUUGUGAUAUUUCAUUCACUAUUGAGAAAAAUGGAAGUAAUUGAAGUAAGGCUUCAAAUUAUUUUACUAAAAGUCUACUGCUGUAGUCUUAUAGAAAUGCUAUAAAUGAACAAGAUUAAUGUUUGUGGCUGGUAAGAUAUUAUUUUUAAACACCUGUCACAGACACCUGACAUUUUGUUGUUUAUAUAUCAUUAUUGCCCACCUAUAAAUGACAGUUU